GAUAGCACAGACGCAGGCAACAAAUAUGAAUUUGAUUGGUCAUCUUCUUCCUCCUCCUCCACAUCCUUCACCCUGUAAACCCUCAACCACUACAGCCUCUCAUCUUCCCCUCCAACCCAUUCUCUUCUCCAAUCUUCUCUCUGUAGCUCUGACAAUCGCCCUCAACUCUCCAUUACCUUCCUUAGCAAUCCCCCCUCUGAGCUCUCAAUCUCCCCCUCUUCCCCCAACCACACCAUUUGCUCAGUCCAAGUUCUUGCAGCUCGGUCUUGAGGACGGGAAAAUUAGGCCAUGCCCAUCAGUGAAUCCGAGUUGUAUCUCCACGAAUCCCAAAUCCUCCUCUUUUGCAUUUCCAUGGAGGAUUCCUGAGAAUGCUACAGAUGACACCAUUCAGAAAUUGCGAGAAGCAAUUCUCAAGACCCAGAAAAAUGCCAAGAUUAAAGUUGUUGAAGAUACUCCAUAUGGGAAAUAUUUAGAAGCAGAAGUUGAUGGUGGGUUUGGGAGGGAUAUAAUGGAGUUUUUGGUGAAAGGGGAUGUUGUAUCUUAUAGGUGUAUGGCAUCCAAAGUGACUUAUGUAUAUCCCUUCACUACAGCUUUAGGAGAUUCUAAGGGACAGGAGGAGAGGAUGAAGAAGAUUGUUGACCAGUUAGGGUGGUACGCUCCAAGUCUUGAUUUCAUGGAUUAGAUUCUUUCUUUUGUAUAAUUUCCCAAUUUCAGUUUUUGUUUUCCAUCUACAAAGUAAUAAGACAGAAGAACAAUGGUUUAUGUAAUACCUUAAUCUUUCAAUUCAACAUUACAAAGUUUCCUAA